AAGUUCCUAGAAUUCUUGUUGCCAUUGUUGUUUUCUAAAAUUGACAAACAAGAAGCACUGUGAAGGAAUGAAGAGGAAUACAAGUUUUUCUUUACCCUUUUUCAUGUUCUUGUUGAUGAUUGUCUUUGUCACCUUCUCUAUAAUUUCUGCAGAGGCAAGGAAGACAAACAUCAAGAAAAAGCUUCAUAAACGUCACAAAGAUAAUCAUAGUAGCAAUGGCCACACUCGAGGAGGGUCACAUCCUCCAUGUCCAGCACCAGCUCCUCUUCCUCAUUAUGGUCCUCAAGGGAAAACUUUUGACAUUUUGUCUUUUGGCGCCAAGGGAAAUGGAAUUGUUGAUGAUUCAGAGGCACUUCUAGCUGCAUGGAAAGGUGCAUGCAACGUUCCUGGAGCUACAGUUAAAAUUCCAGCACAAUUCAAGUUUCUUAUCAAGCCCAUUACUUUACAAGGCCCUUGUAUGCCUGACCUUACUCUUCAGAUAGAUGGAACUCUAUUGGCACUUCCUGAAGCAUCUUCCUGGCCGAAAUCCAGCUUGUUUCAGUGGAUAAAUUUCAAGUGGGUGCAGAAUUUCACCAUCAAAGGCUCUGGCAUUGUUAAUGGCCAAGGCUAUAACUGGUGGAGAUCCUCAGAAUUGUAUGAUAUGCAGAGUUACUCUAAACAAAGUUCAGGCAUGAAGCCAACUGCUAUAAGAUUCUACUCCAGCAACCUUGUAACAGUUCGUGAUAUUAGAAUCAUAAACAGCCCUCUGUGCCAUCUAAAAUUUGACAACUCAAAGGGGAUUAAAGUUAAUAACAUUACAAUAUCAUCCCCAGAGAAUAGCCCAAACACUGAUGGCAUUCACUUACAAAACACACAUGACGUAGAAAUUCAACGUUCUGAUAUUGGAACAGGAGAUGACUGUGUAUCCAUACAAACCGGUUGCUCUAAUAUUCAUGUCCACCACAUUAAUUGUGGCCCUGGACAUGGUAUAAGUGUAGGAGGAUUAGGAAAAGACAAGAGUGUGGCAUGUGUCUCUGACAUCAUUGUUGAGGACAUUUCAAUGAAAAACACUUUAUAUGGAGCAAGGAUAAAAACAUGGCAGGGAGGCAUUGGUAUGGUUAAAAAUGUGUCAUUUUCCAGAAUUCAAGUCUAUGAUGUUAUGUCUCCAAUAAUGAUAGACCAAUACUAUUGUGACAAGCAAAACUGCAAGAACCAGACAGGAACUGUGGUGAUUUCUGGAGUUAAGUUUGAUCAAAUAAGUGGGACUUAUGCAAUGCAACCUAUCCAUCUAGCUUGCAGCAAUUUCAUACCCUGCACAGAUGUUGAUUUAAUAGAUAUUCAACUGAGACCCUCCCUCAAAAAUCAAGGUUUGCAACAAGCUGUGUGCUGGAACUCUUAUGGAAAAUCACAAGGUCCCUUGGUGCCUUCAAGCAUUGAUUAUUGCUUGAGAAGUGGUGGUGGAUUAAUCAAGAGGAUAGCAAGGUCCCGUGAUAAAGUAUGUUACUAA